GUAUUCUUCGCUCGUCAAUGUCAAAUUGUCAUAUACAUCUUGCAUUUAGUACAGAAAUCAGAUUUAAUUUUAUUUAUUAUUUACUUACAUGUUUAAUUUUUAAACAAAAUGGGUAAUGAAACGACGCUGCCUGCGAAACCUAGCCUUGGAAUUGGAUCUGCAGUAAGAAGAGUGUUCAAAGCGAGACAAACGAAAUUCAAAGAAUCCAUCAUCCAAAGCAAUAUACCGCUUUUAAUCGAUUGUUUGGGUUUGGGCGUGGAUCCGAACACCGAAUUCGAUGACGGAAAUUACGCUCUUCAUAUUGCGACGGAAAAGUGCGAUUAUGCCAUUUUAAGAAUACUUCUCAAUCGGCAAAACAUCGAGAUCGAUAAGAAAAAUUGGUUUGGUGUCACUGCUCUGAUGGUAGCUUGCGAAGAAGCAACCUUGGCUUGUAAUUCAGAAUCCAAACUAACCAUGUUUAAGCUCUUAAUCGCUAACGGCAUGGACAGACACCAGCUCCAUCCUAUAGAAGGACGGAAUUGCUUGCACUACGUAGCAAUUUCGGGCUACAUACCAUUAGCUCAGUAUUUGAUUACGCUCAACAUGGAGAGUGAUUUGUUUGUCAGAGAUAUUACAGGAAGAACGCCUAUGGAUUUAGCUUUGGAUCAUUUAAAUUUUAUGGUCUUUCAUCUGUUGAAACUGGCUUACCUAAAGAAACGUAUUUCGCCUCAAAGUAGAACACAAUUAAAAUUAAGGAAAUCGAUGAGUCGUAGAAUGGUAUAGUAGGAUUUAAAAUCGAAAUAACUUUAUAGGUACUCAUUGUAUUUUUAUUAUAUAUAUUUUUUUAUUACCUAUUUAUUAUAAUGUAAAAACUUGUCAUUUUAUAUAAAGGUUAAUUUUACAAUUAAAAUUGAAUUAACAGGCCUUAAAACAUUAAUUAAAAAGAAUUAUAUUUAUGAAAUAAACAUAUGUGCACUUUUAAUAAUACGCAUUAGAUCACGAUAACCUGAAGCAGCUUUAAAGGUACCAUU